AUGCUCUCCUUAGACGAGCCCCUGGACCUGAAGGUUUCCUCAAGCCGGGAGAGGGGACACAGGACAUCCAUCUGCGCCCCGCUCCGAUUCGCCCGGACCAGGAUACCACGCCCGACACGCAGCUCUGACACAGAUAUCGCAGACUCUCCCACAUCCUCAAAGCCAGACCUCAGUGCGUGUCCCUCGUCUCCUCCCUCUCCUCAACACUCCUCUUCCAGCUGCGGUCCUCUGUCGCCCCCGCAGGCCAGGGAUUCAGAGUCUGUAGGUUUCCAGUUUUUCCUACCGAUCGGGGCAGGGGGCAGCCUCCUCCCCCCCAGCUCUGUACUGACUGCUCAGCGCCGGGACAGACGGGAUUCCCCAGAACCAGCGGAGGAACAGCUCGCCUGCCGAUGGCUACGGUGCCACCUGCUGUUUGAGUGCCUGCAGGAUCUAGUGGAUCAUGUGACAGAAUCUCAUGUGAAGCCGGAGAGGAGUUCGGGUUACUGCUGCCACUGGGAGGGCUGCGCACGCAAGGGCCGCGGCUUCAACGCCAGGUACAAGAUGCUGAUCCACAUCCGCACACACACCAACGAGAAACCACACCAGUGUCCCAUCUGUAGCAAAAGCUUUUCCCGCCUGGAGAACCUUAAAAUACACACCCGAUCACACACAGGAGAGAAACCAUACGCGUGUCCAUACGAGGGAUGUGGAAAGCGUUACUCCAAUUCCAGCGACCGCUUUAAGCACACGCGAACACACUACGAGGACAGACCCUACUGCUGCAAGAUGGCCGGCUGCCCCAAGCGCUACACGGACCCCAGUUCACUCCGCAAACACAUCAAGGCCCACGGCCACUCCGUCUCCACAGGAACAGAGACCACCGUUGGCAGCAACGACACUUCAACACUGCCCACUUCGUCCAGAGCUCAUUUGGUGCUGCCUGGUGCUGCGCUGGCUCUGCUGCAUGCCUUCUCCGGGCCUCUCAUGGCUCUAGGAGCCUCUCCGCUCGAUCUCUCCAUGUCUGCGGGGCACAUGGGGGCGGAAGCUAUGCUCCACCAUAACAACGUGGCUCCGGGGCUAGGCAAGACGCCGCGAUUCGACCCUUUCAUGCUUCCAUCUUUUGGGCUGGAGACUAAGCAAAGGGUCUUGAAGGAGCAGCACCAUGAUGAUGAGGAUCACGAUAACAGGGAGGUCGAAGAAGGACGCAGCACUUUGUCCUGGGUGUUCGUCCCACCUGGUAUGAUGAUGCUCAAGCAGGCCGUGGUCAGCUAGACCGUCAUGUGUCACGUGACAUGUAAAAAAACAAAACAAAACAAAACAAAAAACGGUAUAACCCAAAUCCACCAAUGAUUCCUGCUAUUUUAGCUUGUUUUAAAAAAAGAAGUCUUAAAUCUUAUUACUUGACGCGCUUUGAGUUUUCGAAGCAUAUUCUAAUACAACGCUGUAUUUUGGGCAGAAACCGUAAAAAACCUGCAGUAUUUCUUUUCCCUCACUGUAAGUAUAAUAACAGUUCUUCAGACGUGUAUCUUAAUCCUCACUGGGAGGAUCCUCACUGGGAUUAAGAUAUAAUCCAUUAUUCCAUUAUUUAAUAACAACAACAAACAAAACCUAGUUGGAACUCAUGCCCAAAUCAAACAUUCAUGCAUUAAUCAAACAUGAGUGUGCUUCAUGCAAAUCACUUUUCCCAGCAGGAAGAAACUCCUGAGUUAACACGUUAAAUGGAGCACGAGAUAAGAUUACAAAUACAAUGUGUGUACAUUUUAAACCCGAUUAGGUCAGAUUGCGACAAUUGGCAUGGAAUUAAUUGUUAACACGCAACUGAGAAUACGGAUGAUGACAAUCUGAAGCUGGAGUGCAGGAACAUAGAGUCUUUACAAGUGUGCAACAUCCUGCUCAUAAACCCAUAGACAUUAAACAAUAUAAACACAGAAACAGGUUGAGAAUGCAAACCCCAGGAGGACGGCUGACCACUCUAAACAAAUCACCUCCCUCCCCCUUCCCCUUCAGACGAAACACAUCCAGUGUUGACGAAAUGUAGAGAUGGUUUAUUACUGUAUUUCAUUGCUGAUUUUAUCAUUCCUUCCUGCUGUUAGGGUUUUUUUUCCAACAGGUAACUUCGACAAAGGCAGUGUGAGACCCGAUGUAAUAAGGAUAGACGACGGUCUGUGAACGACCAGCUCCUGACUCGUUUUGCACAAUCUUUUUCAUUACCUCCAACAUCAUCAUAUGGUUCAGUAACCAGUUCAAGUGCCUUUCUCACAAGCUUUUAUUGCUGCGCUGUUUGGUAGUCAACAGACUUGGGCACGAAGCGGCGGCUUGAAGUGGUCUCUUUCCCGCCUUUUUUUUUUUUUUUUUGCUCUUUAACUUAAAUACACGUACACAGAUUUAAAAAAAAAAUCAGAUCUAAGAAAAAAUAGAUUACGUAUAGUUUACCGGAAACGUUAUGCUUCUCAACAGGAUGUCAAGUUUCUUAUUACCAGACUGAGUGACGCUGCCGCCGAUCUGUUCUCUACCUAUAGUUACAUUUAUGCGAGCGAAAUACGUACCAUAGAUAAGCACAGUGGUUCUGUAGUGUGUCUGCUUCAAAACACCAGGGCCUGUAUUCAUAAAGAUUCUAAGAAUGAUCUCGGAGAGCUCUUAAUUUAGCUUAAAAAUUAGGAAUAUGAAUUUUAUCUUAAGAGUAAUUCAGGACCAAACUCAGAGCGACUCUGAGAAAGGAAAAUACAACGAUUAUCUUAGGGCCUUUUUACACCCGGUCACUUCGUGUGUUUUCUCUGAUCCGAUAGCUAUCUGACCUGUUCAAACUGUUCCAUUUACAUUAGGCCACAUAAAUGCGUCUCGGCGAACUGGAUAUCAAUCCGAUCUUUCUGCUCCCGCCCAAAAUGCUAAUAUAUUUGACCUCAUUUCCGGGGUAAUUGAAAUGGAACACGCUUUGGUGUAUGCGGUUUUCAGAACGCAAUCAAAAAGAAGACGAAAAAACUCGUUACGACGGUUAUGCUACAAAAAACAGCGUUUACUGUUUGCUGCAUUUUUGCUGCAACAGCAGUGCAUUUUAAGACCCAACGAGACACCUGGGUGAAAGAUCACCUGCGAGUGACGUGCUUCCGUUUGGGAGGAGUAUAGCGCUGAUGUAUGUGGCUUGAACAACCACAAUCAUUUACACCUGUCCAGUUUUAUCUGAAACGCGUCCCAGACCACCGCCUGAAGGGGUUUGUACCAUCGGAUUUAUAUCCGUCUCCAAAACGUUUCGGAGGGCAUUUAGACCUGGUCUUUUUACCAUCGGAUAGAUAUUGGAUCACAGAAAACGCAUGAAGUGACCAGGUGUAAAAAGCCCCUUAGAGAGGAGGCAGGGCUUAAACCUGUAACUCGGUCACACAUUCUUUUGAAGACUGUGAUUGGUUGUCUAUUAAUAAGCCUCACUUUGUCUCUAUGUUCAGAUAUUUGAGUCUAUAUCGUGUAGGGAUUACGUUUGUGACUGAUCGUAUUAGAGAUGUUCUAAAUGUAAUGUAAAUGUAAACAUCUCUGACACAGCAGAAAUGUCAGAGACAAAUGAUAUCAUUUCUGCCUCUGUGGCAUUUCGGCUCCAUUUCAGAGAUGUUAGUGUAUCUCUAAAUGAUAGAUAUAUCACAAAAAUAAUCCCGACACAAUCUAAUCUAGAUUAUUUUAUCGUUAUCAAAUAUUCUAGUCUACUUUUUGACCUCAUGAGCACUUUUAAGAGUUAAGAUGCUUUAUGAAUAACUUUUAUCUUUACUGGGAUCUUUCAUUUCAAAAGGAAAUGUAACCAUUUCUAAGAAUUUUCUUAGAAUUUCCUCACUAUUAGAAACUCUACUAAGACUAAGACUCUACUUGUACUAAGAAUUGUUAUGAAUACGGGCCCAGGUUUGAGUCUCAGCUCCGGUGAGAGCACAGUGUUUGUAUUUGGUCAGGAGUGUUGAUGAUACCUGUUCAUGAAAGUAUAACUUGAUGAGCUAGUUUGUUUCUUUUCAGUAGGUACAGUAUACACAAUAUGAUGUGUUUAAACAGCAGUAUGAUGAGUUUAUUCAUUUCUACUUUAUUUGUCCGUCUUCCUUCAGAAUCCCUUCACAAGCCACAAAGUCAGUUUUGGCAAGUCUGAUGUUUACAUUUACAACAUUGGGCAGACUUGUUUAUCCAGAGUGACUUCUCAUUUACACAGCUGAAUGAUUCAGGGUUAAGAGCCUUGCUCGGGGUGCAGCAGUGGCAGCUUAGCGAUGAUGGGAUAUAAACUCACAGCCUUCAUUCAGUAGUCCACUCUUAAACCACUGAGCUAAUGCUUCCACGUAUUGUAUGUAUAUAAAUAUCAUUACAAAAAAAAAUAUAUAACGUUUAUCCAAAGCCCCAGCGUACAUUUAAUAAGAUUUAAUAAUGUUCUAAGUCGGAAUAUGUGUUUUCUUCUUGAAAGACACCACUGCACACCGCCACGACGUGCCACGCUCGAGUCACGCUCACUUCUAAAGACGGGCCUCGUCCCCGAAUCAGGUGUUUGUGCGACUGGUUACACAAAGGUACCACCUGUAAGAGAGGCAUCCAGAACGUCCUGUAUGCUACACCAUGUAUGUACGAAUGGAAGUUAAAUGUUAUGUACGCCAAUAUGUAUAAUUUCCUCCUGACAUGUGUUCUAAUAAUGAGCAUGCAGUAUAAUUAAAUAAAUAAAUAAAUAAAUAAAUGAAAAGCCAGCUCCAAGAGAUAUUGUCAUGCAAGAUAUUGACAAUUAUGAUUACAACGACGACGGGCAGCGUCUAAUAAAAACAGGCAUAUGAUAAGCA